UAUUAUACAGGUAGAAGUAUGAAAGAAUACAGCUCGCGCUCCAUGGCUACGACAUAACAACAUUAACAAAAAGAGAAAACAACUUUGAUCUUUUCGAAAUUGGUCAAAGCAUUUUCGUCCGUCGGAACGCUGACAUCAAAAUGAAGUUUGUGUGUCUAUGCAUUCUGCUUGCGGCUAGUUUUGCAGUCCUUAAUGGGGCAACCACACAGCUUAAAGAGCAGGCCAAGGAGGUACAGACAGCAAAACGUGAUUUGCUGGCGACUAAAUUGAGAGAAUUGUUAAAAUCUGCAAAAGCAGAAGAAAACAAGGAGGAAAAACGCGAAAACGCUGACACAGAACUACAGAAGAAUACACAGGAUGUGAACGAAAAUCCCACAGGAAGCGAAGUACCAGCUAACAGACAAAAUACAGCAAGAGGACUGAAAAGCACAAGAAAUCGCCAGCGUUCAGCUUCAGCAAGAAAGGAACUAAAUCGCUCGCCUGGAAAAAUGACUCUAGCUCUAAGAAAACGGAUCUCUGAUGUUGCAUCUGGAAAGCUACAAACUGCAACUGAAAAAAAACAGAUGGGGCGAAAUCUGCUUAACAGGAAAUAUGGAGCGGCCGGAAAAGGACAGGCGCAGUCCUUGGGAACCGCAACAAGACAGAGAUCUCCAAACAAGCGAAUUGCUUCGCAAAAGAAACGCCAGUACCCAGGUUAUGCGAGUAAUUAUUUGACAUGCGAUUAUUGUAAAUCUAUGUAUGGUGACUACAACUCCGACAAUUACCCGUCUACACCUGAUUACUCAGAAUCAUACUAUUACCAAACCACGCCCAGUACUCCUCCUCCAACGUUUUGGACAGGCUGGUCCUCUUACCAAGACACUCCGACGCCCUAUAAUACUGACGGUUACCCAUAUCCAAACGACUAUCAGCAGGAUGAGUGGAGCAUAUGCAAUGAAAUGUUAUAUGUCAACAAUACUUGCUGUGAUGCUCCGUGUCAGGAUGAAUAUGAUGACGGUUUUUUCAUGUGUUUCAUCGCCGAAGUAUACUCCAUAAAUCAAGAACUCGAAGGGUGGAGCAUGGAUAUGAGCUAUAUAGAUGAACUGCACUGCCAGUUAGGAAAACUGAUGGAAGAACUGUCCUACAGGCUGAGUGAUCCUUACAUGACUACUUACUACCCAUACAAGAAAUAACAUACUGACUAAAACUUGGCAUACGACUGAGCAACUCUUACAUGUUUUACCCCGUAAUGAACGGCCCCGGCAUCAACAAUGUAAUGUUCGUCGUGUGAAAGCCAAAACAUCGUAUCGACAAAUUACAGACAUAUAUCAACAUUCUAUUUUUCUUUUGAUAAUGAGUUUUCAACGUGUACAUGUAUUUCUAAGCAAUUAAUGUAAAUCCAUAUGUGAUUUUGAAAACUUUGCCUAAUUAAGCAAGUAUGAACAAGUUUUGGAAUAGUAUUUUUUCCUUUCUUUUCAGAAUUCCAUAAUCAUGAUUGUUUUCUUUUUUAUUGCAAUAGUAAGAUACGUAAUUAGAAAACCAGUUUAUUUUUCCGACAUCAAGUAUGUUGUGGAUAUAUGAGAUUAGACAUAUGUUAUUAUGCUAGACACAGGUGCAUAAACAUACUACGAUAUAACAUACAAAACUUUCAAGUAAUUGUUCCUUCUCUUGAGAAGGGACAUUAUAGUUUGGUAAGUCACACUUGACUGAGCUACUGAUAUCGAAAGCUGUUGUCAUUACAAGCUGGCCAGUCAAACUCCGUGACCUUAGAAAUAACCUCUGACGUUAAAACUAGACUCUCUGACUGAAUGCGUCCAUGGAUUACAUAUUACUAAACCCGAGGAUGGUUGACUGAUUCUUUUAUUUCCUCCAAUUUCUUGAAGAACAUAACAUUUGUACAAACAGAUAGACAUAUAUCAGCAAAUUUACAUGUAAACAACUAAAUAUUAUCGUUAUCUUCAAAUGCAUGGUUAAUAUGUGAAAACAAACCCCAUUGCGACCAUCUAAUUAUGUGCAACAAAUUCACGGAUUGACCGGGUCAGUGUCUUAUUGCCGUAUUUACUCAACUGAAAGUGGUAACAGAUUUAAUUUGGCAGCCUGGAAAACCUGGGAUGGGCACGUGGGAUGGGCUCCUGGGAUGGGAUGGGAUGGGCUGAAGGUCAUGGGAUCGUGGGCCCAAGGUCAGAGAAAUAUAUAGUGAGAAACAUGAAUUAAAAGUUCAACUGGGCAAUUAAGAGGUCAGCUAAGGAUAACAGGGACACAGCCUGUAAUUACAAUUCCCAGAGUGAGACUCACACUGUAUUGGCUGCCAAGAAAGGAAACAAAGAAAGAAAAUAGCAACACUUGGUCUUCUAACUUGUUAGAAUGUACUUCUACGGUUCCAAUAUAAGUGAUGAAAAAUUUAUGGACUGUAUUUUUAUCAUAAGUAAAGCAAAAGAGCAAUUAUUUUGAACAAAAUAUGACCAUUUAUUGUCCAUUUAGUGUUAAUAUAAACAUCAUUUUUUAUUAUA